AUGUGGACAGUGGAAUCGGCCAUUCCUGGAGAUCUGAAAGAGCGUAUCGCACGGCUCGCCGCCAAUAAUGCGCCGCCGUUCGCAUACAUGGCCGCAUUUUUAGAGAUCGUGUCCCGACUGAAAACCCAAAAACGCACCGGCUGGAUCGAUCGCGACGUUCCUCAACCGGAAUCGAUUGCAGACCAUAUGUACCGCAUGGGGGUGAUUUCAAUGCUGUCUGGCCGGAGCGACCUCGAUAUUGGGCGCUGUGUUCAGAUCGCGCUUGUUCACGAUAUUGCGGAAAGUAUUGUGGGAGAUAUCACGCCCUACGCGGAUGUGACCAAGGAAGAAAAGCACCGACGCGAACUUGAAGCGAUUAUUUACAUUCGCGAUUUGGUCUCAAACUUCAACAAGCAGGCCGGCGAGCUGAUCUACGACUUGUGGAACCAGUACGAAAACCAGACUUCCCCAGAAGCUGUGCUUGUGAAAGAUAUCGACAAGUUUGAGCUCCUUGUCCAGGCCUCCGAAUACCAGAUCAUGCAUCCCAAAAUCGACCUUAGCGAGUUCCGUGCCGUCAAAGACCUCAUUAAAACUGACGAGGUUAAAGAGUGGGCCGAAGGUCUUGAAAGUUACACGAAUAUCAACAUCUAA